AGAGGUUACAAGUGCUGUGUUGGCAAAAACAUGACGACUGUUUUUGCCAAAGAUGGACCCUUAGGAACUGCUAAAAGGAGAGCAGCCUAUGUACGCAGAGAGUUUCCAUUGGUAAGCCCCAUUGAAUAUGUUGUGUAUAUGUUAAGGCCAAAAACCACAUGCAUAUGUCCCCAUUCUUCCCAUGCUACAGAAAUUGCUCAGCAAAACUGAUGUGUUAACCUUUUCUGACAUAGCUCUGUUUAUUGUGCUGCAGGAAUACAGAUCAUAUGUAGAUGGGCAGUACUUUAAUGAGAACUCUCUUCUUAAAAGAGAUGAAUUCACAAUUGCUCUGGGCCUUUACAUCGAUGACUUUGAAAUUGCCAAUCCUCUAGGAACAUCAAAGCUAAAACACAAAAUGUGUGCUGUGUUUUGGGUCAUUGCAAACAUACCUGCAAAAUAUAGGUCAACCCUCAACUCAAUCCAGCUUGCUUUACUAUGCAAUAUAUCAACAGUUAAAAAGUGUGGGUAUGCAAAAGUUCUGCAACCUCUUUUCUAUGACCUAAAGUUAUUGGAGCAAAAUGGUGUUUACCUGGAGAAACUUGGUAAAACUGUGAGAGGUACAGCAUUAUUUGUUGCAGCUGAUAAUCUAGGUGCCCACUCUCUUGCAGGAUUCCUGGAGAGCUUCUCUGUUGAGAGGUUCUGCAGAUUCUGUUUGACAAGCAGUAGUGAUGCUCAGCAGCAAGAGAUGGCUGUCCAACAGAAAUUAACCAUGAGAGUUAUUGUCUCUGAGGGAGAUAUAAGAAAAAUGACUAUGAUGGAACGACCUGACAGACUUGAAGAUUUGAUUGGGUGGCUCAAAGGUACUCUCCAAACAAACUACAGCUUCACUUUACAGUACCAAGAUCCAGAAUUUAACAAUGAACUGUGCAAUCUUAUGGAUCUCUCAGAGCUUCCAGAGAAGCCAACCAUCAAAAUUAUCCCUAUAAAUGAGCUUUCACCAGUCACUGCACAAUCUGAAUGUUUUAGUGAAACAAGCAGCCAGGCAGACACUGAGAUCCUGUCCGUCUCCUCUCUGGAUAGAAGUUCUCAGUGGCCAGAUGCAUUUUGCAUUCCAAAAUUUUCAGUUCAUGUCGAGUAUAGACUUCGUCAAGGUAACCUGCUGUACUCUGUAAUCUGAAGGAUGCAACAAAUCUGAAAGUCACGAAAGAGAUGAAACAUAUUCUUGAGAAAUUGGCUGAGACCAUGUAUGGAUAUAAAGCAUAUCCAGCAAAGGAAGAAUUUGAUGCUGUUGCAAAAGUGUUAAUACAAACACACCCAUGUCUUAAAGAGCCAGGCUCAUCCUCUGGUUGGGAAGGAUGGAAAAAUAGUUCCAAAUUCAAAAUGGAAAAUUAUAGGAACAAAAUGCGCCAGCUGGGUCGACUUGAAGUCACUGUCAAUGCUGGUAAACGUGGAAGGCACACUACAAUUGGCAACCCUCCCAACAAAGACAUCAAGAAGCCAAGGAAAGGGGAAAUAAAUUUCUUACCUGAAAAUCCAGAGGGAAUGGAUGACCACAACCUGAAAGGAGUUCGUCAGGUCCUCGUUAAUGAAUUAAAGAAGACAAAGCCAAAUGGAUCCCUUGUUAAGAAACACAUGGACAUAACAUUUGCUCUUCGCAGAAAAGAAGUUGUCAACGACAAGCCUGACAUCAGUCAGAUGAUUCUUCGAUGACCAACUCUGUUUACAGAAAGCCAGGUUUAUCACGAGUUAAAGUUGGUGGGGAAAAAUCUCAGAGAGAGCUUCUUUGAUGCUCUUGACCAUUACAUCUUCAGGAAGAAGAAAGGCCUUGCCGGCCAGCUUUUGGCUGAGCUUUUACGUCAGACAAAGACCACUGAGCCAACAGAUGUUAGGUCCCUUUGCCUUCAUGGACUGCCCGUCAUUUUGGGGGAUGACCCUUCCAUCUUCUUUAAGACCUGCUCCGAUGUCACUGACAAGGACUCAUAUCAACAAAUUCCAGUGGGAAUCCUCUGUUUUGACCCAGAAAGUCCACAGCUAAACCCUUCCCGAGUGUGCAUCAUCUUGGAAGGGAAUUCAGUGAUGGAACCGGACAACCUGCCUCAAGCCUUCUGUCUUCUUUUUGGACUAAUUUAUGCCCUGCACUUAGAAUAUCCAAAGUGUUUGAAAAACACUUUGCAUUUUUUCCAGCAGAUAUUUCUUAAGGUCAACUUGGCACCCAAAAUUAAUUCUUUUCAGAUGCAGUUUAAAAGGACCUCUACUACAAGACAUCUGAAUGUGUAAAUUAUUUUUUUUUUGCCUAAUGCCAAUAUUCUGAACUGAGGUGUAAAUAAAAAAACAACAAUGUUCUGAUGUUAUAUUUGUAUAGACUUAAGUAUGUAUACAUUAUGUUCAGUACAGUAUGUUCAGGUGCUUAAGUGAUAAUGUUAAAAAAAACUUAGAUGUUCUCAGUAGAAUUGCUCAAAUAUUUUGCCACUUUCAAGCAUUUGAUAUAGAGUCAAAGUUAUUAGCUCUACCUGUUUAAGUAGAUACACUCUUAUUAGAAACUUAACUUGAAGGCAAACUUGUCUUAAACUUGUUUCUUCGUUUGCUUUUGUAUAUAAUUUAAUGCAAUUAAAAAGUUUAGUGAAGUAAUUUGACAGAACAAGAUAAAUAACUUAAGAGCAUUUAGUCUAAUCAACUUAAAAUAAUUGUUAGAAUGGCUGAAAUUUUUAAGUUAUGUUCACUCAAGUGAAACUCAAGCUUAUCAAGUAAACAUUACUUAAUUUUUUAGGGCAACCAGCUUCCUCAAUUUUUUAAAGUGAACUCAACUCAUCUGGACUUAGAGUGUUGCUGAAGGAAAGCACCCAAAAAACAAGCAGAAAAUGAAGUAAAGGCCUGGCAGUGCAUCACUGGGGAAGAAACCCAGCUUCUGGUGAUGUCUAUGGGUUCUUGACUUCAGGCAGUCUUUCACUGGAAAGGAUUUGCAACCAAGGGGGGACACUGGCAUAUAAAGUGCUGUAAUUUGUACACGAUUCACUGGAUUUUGAUGUAAAUACACUUAAAUUUUACUUGAAACUCUGUACUUUUAAUAUAUGCAAUUUUAUCUAAUUUCAACUCAAUUAUACUGUGGUAUACAGCUAAAAUAACAAUAACCAUGUCAAUGUCCAAAUAUUUAUGAACCUGACUGUAUAUAGAUACAUAUACUAUAUGCCCAAAAGUAUGUGGACACCUGACCAUCAUACCCACACGACCUUGUUGAACAUUGUUUUUU